AGGUGCUUGGCGUGAGCCCUGGCUGGGCAGAGACGAGGUUUGUGAUGGAAAGGGGUGCUGCGGAGCCAAGACCCUCUGAAACAAGAGCUUGGGGCAGUCGGUUCCCGUCCACUGAGGAUUUGGGGAGCCUCAGGAUUUAGAGGCGGCUCCUAGAAACAGCAAAGAAGGAGCCCUAGGUCGUGGUUAGCCAGGUUUGGCGUUCCCUGAGGACGCAAGGCUCGCUGCUCUGCCCCAGCCGGACCUGCUUUUGGCCAGCUGCCAGAGCAGAAGCCAGGAGAGAAGAUUAAAGAGCAGCGGGCGGUCUUCCUCGGCCGUCUUAAAAUCAUCCCGGGGCGAUUAACAGCUCACACACAGCCCGGGUCCUGCCCGCGAGCCCAUCGUGAGGAGCUGGAAGGGAGCAGAAGGACGAGCCAUGCAGGGACCAAGGCCAGUGGUUCUGAGCGGCCCGUCGGGUGCAGGAAAAAGCACCUUGAUAAAGAAACUGUUUAAGGAUUAUGAGAACAUCUUCGGCUUCAGUGUCUCCCAUACGACGCGGCAGCCGAGACCUGGAGAAGUGAAUGGCAAAGAUUACCACUUUGUGACCCGAGAGGAAAUGAAGAAAGAAAUCGAUGCUGGGGAGUUCCUCGAGCACGCAGAGUUCUCUGGAAAUAUGUACGGGACAAGCAAAGCCGCGGUGCAGGCUGUGCAGGCCCAGAACCAGAUCUGCGUCCUCGACGUCGACAUCCAGGGCGUGAAGAACAUCAAGAGAACGGACCUGAACCCCAUCUACAUCUCCGUGCAGCCCCCGUCCAUGGACGUCCUGGAAAAGAGGCUACGUGACCGGCAGACUGAGACAGAGGAAAGUUUACUGAAGCGUUUGAGCGCGGCCCGCGUCGAUCUGGAGCUGAGUAAAGAGCCCGGCCUGUUCGACUUGGUCAUCGUUAACGACGAUCUGGAAAAAGCCUAUUCCGAACUGAAGGAGGUGCUCCUGAAGGAAAUCCAGAAGACCCAAGAAUCCAGGAAGUCCUGAGCCCGCUUGGACACUUUAACUUAUCAUUCCCGAACCACAUCGCGGCGUUGCAUUUCAAGAGACAUUCCCCUUUAGGCCGACCCUCCUCCCAGAGUUCCCCUAGGAUGUUUCUAUUAAAAGGAAGGAAAAAAACCCACAA